CCGGCCGCGUAGUAUGUUUGACGUGCGCGUCGCGUGCACGUAAAUUUGACUCAUUUAUCGUCAUUCUUAAUAAUAUGUGGACCGGCCUUAAAUGACCAUAUCGCACCAGAGAACGCACACAGUUGCCACUUACUAACAAACAUGUGAAGCACGGAGAAAACUAUUUGUCUAUUGUGAAGUUAUAAACAUUGAGUGGGUAGUGAUUUUGUCGUACUGAGGAGAUGUGACUUCAAGAUGGUUAUCAUGCGAAAGUUUAUGGUGUCGAGCCUCCGCGAUUCCUCGGAGUCUCCUGGUGGCGAAUGGGACAAGCGGCGGCAGAGACGGAACGACACCUUCGACCAGAACAGAAAACUCGAGGAAGUCACUAAGGAGAGGGACGACCUGAAGCACGUGACGUGCGUGCUGCAGCGCGCCGUGUCGCAGCUGCUGUCGUACUGCGCCAGCGCCGAGGACGAGCUCAACAGGAGCGUGGUCGGCCAGCUGCUGGAGCUGCUGCUGCCGCGGGAGCAAAGUUUCAAUGAAGAGUCCCGUCCGUGCAGCCCGCUUGACCCCAACACGAGUGUGGUGUCGCGCGGGAAGAGAGUCCACUUCGCGCCCGACCUCGACUCUAUCCUUAGCACCUUGGACCUGGAUGACGAGGGAGCCGGCCUACUGCAGCAGCAGCACGACCUCAGCGUGGACAUCAAGCGCCAGCUGGAACACUCGCUGCGGAGACUGCGGCUGGAGGCUCACGAGCUGCUGGAGCUGUCCACGAAGAUGGCCUCCAACCGAAGGCUGAACGAAACGAGAAUGUUGGAGUCGAGCUCUGUUCAGAUAACUGAGCUGGUGGACGAGUUGGACCUCAAGCAAAACUACUGCGAACAUUGUGAAGAUAUUAAAAGGAACAUGGAGCAGGCCACGGCGGAGUGUAUGGAGCGCGAGGCUGUGCUCCGCGCUGAGCUGAAGGCGGCCUUGGUGAAGGUUGCGAGUCUGACGCAGGACACCGACUGUGACGUCAUCGCGGAAGGGUACGGCACAGGCGGGGUACGGGCGCCGGGCUGGUGGUCGCUGGACCAGGGCUCCCCGCGGCACCGCCAGGACCUGGAGCUGCUCACCAAGGAGCGGGACGACCUGCGCCAGCAGUUGGAGGCCGCCAACCGGCAGCUGCGCUCGACGCGAGAGUUCCUGGAGGAGCAGACGCUGGAGCGGGAGGCCGAGCGCGAGGAGGCGGCGCGGGAGGCCCGGGACCUGGCCGACGAGAACCGGCGCCUGGCGCGCGGCCUGGAGGCCAACGCCAAGAUCACCAACGAGCUGGAACAACUAGAGAACCAAGCAAGAGAAAUGUCUCAGCUAAUCAACGAACUGGAAACUAGAAAAGCCUCCAGUGACGACGAACUAAAAGCUUGUGAAGAAAAGGUGGCCUUUCUGCGUGAUAUCAUCGCCAGCCUCGAGAACCAGUUAGAGCAGAAGGUGAAGAGGGAAACGGAGAUAGGAGAGCAGCUGGAGGAGAUGAGGCAGACGAUCGACGAGAGGGACAGCAAAAUGAGGGCCAUGGUGAGGGAGUUGGAGUUGUUGAGGAGUGAGCAGGCCGACAGCAGUGAGGUGGUGUGCGGGCGGUGCGAGCGAGAGGAGGAGAGGCUGACGGAGUACAAGGAGGUCAUACAGGAACAGUGCCGCUGGCUGGAGCGUCACGUGUCGCGGCGAGUGCGGCAGCUGGAGCGGUCACACGAGGUGUGUUCGGCUCACAACUCCGAGCCCAGUGAGGACGUCUCCAUCCACCACAGGGGCGCGCUCGCAGAGGCGUGGUCGCCGGAGGGCGAGGACAGUCCCCGGCCGGAGCUGCUGGAGCUGGCCGGCGUGUGGGAGCGAGUGCAGGCGCUGGCCCGCGCAGAGGACGCCGCGCUCAAGAGGAUCGCCGACCUGGAGAUGCAGCGCGCGCACCUCAACGACCUGGCGCAGGAGGUGCGCGCCGAGCGCGACGUGCUGCAGGCGCGCAUGUCGGAGCAGGCGCUCAAGAUCUCGUCGCUGUCGGCGCGCCUCACGCAGCAGCGGAACGACGCCGAGGCGCUGGUGCACACGGCCGCCAGCGACCUCACCGUGCGCCUGCACGACGCGCACGCCGAGGUCCAAAGACUGAAGGAUGAAUUGGAUAUAAAAGACAAACAAUUAGCAAGGCUCAAAAAUAAUAUGGAGGAGAAGAUUAAGUUGAAUGACACACACGAUUCCAUUUACGGAAAUUCAUGUAGCCCAAAAGAUAAAGUGAUUAUUCUGGAAAGGGAACUAUCGAACGCUCAGUCGAGGAUAGUCCACCUUGAGGAGCUGACGUCACGGCUGGAGCUGGAAAAUGAGAAGUUGAGCAACGAAGUGAAAGAACAACGCUCCAUCAUCGCAGACAAGGAGGAGCAAUUCAACCAGAUCAUGGCUCUGAAAUUGGAUGGGGAACAAAAUCAAAAAAGUGACCUAAUAGAAGGGAAAACGUCGGGACGAACUUUAAGUGACAUCAUUUCAAUAUCUGAAUAUGACGAACAAGAUUUACAGAUGAGACGAGCAGAAGUACUAAAUCAAAAUGCUAAUUUGUCUGGAGCUCCUUUUCAAAUCAAAGAUAAGACAUUAAACAAGACGCAACCUCCAGACGUGGUCCGACCUGAUAUGAGUUCACUUAACAUUGACAAUAAUUAUCAUAAUAUGGACGCCAUACUUACACCUCGAGCUGAAUCUCUGCCCGCUAACUUUACUCCGACACCAUAUAAUAAUAACUAUAAAAGAAACGUUAAUGAAAUGACUAUGUUUGGUGUGAGUAAUACGUUCGGUGAAAGUGCCAAACAUUCAACUGCGUUAAAUAUACCUGAUAAUUGCUCGAUAUAUCCGAAUCAAGCUGUAUCUGAUACGAAGAAUGUAUGUGUUGAACCAAAAAAGAUUAAUUUUUCUGUUGAGCCAUCAGACAAUACUCACGAGGACACGUCUUUGAAGGAACUAGGCCUAAAUGUAGACGUGAGACAACAAAAACAUGGGUUAUUUUCGCAAUUAAAGCAUAUCAUUAAGAAGUCAAGAAGUGAACUUGAAACUUGUAAAUCGGAUCUGAAAAAUGCUGAAGAUCAACUGUCUGAGUUUCCGGCUCUUCAAAAGGAAGUAGAAGAACUAAAAACACUUUUGGAAAAUACAUUGGCCACGAUGGAAAAAGAUAAAAAAUUCUAUGAAAUCCAGCUUUCUAGUAAAAAAGCUUUGGAACAAAAGCUUUCAGAAUUGACGCAAGAAGUAAAUGAAAAGUCUAAAGAUCUCAACUUGCUUAAAGAAGACAUAUCAAGAAGAGAAAAUAUGGUAUUAGAAUUAGCUAAAGAAAAACGUAAUUUAUCAGGCAGAAUAUCAGAACUAGAAACUCGUAUUGGGGACUUACAGAAGAGGAACUUAAUCCUUGAAAGGCAUGAAUCUGAUAAUAAACAAUUAAAAGACAAGAUAACCGCAUUACAGAAACUGGAACAAUUAGUGUCUGAAAAGAAUCAGCAAAUUGAUAGUUUAAACCAACAUUUAGAUAGACUUGAUAACUUGCAACGACUUUUGAACGACAAAAGUGAAGAGGCAGAUAAGUUGAAAGAAGCUUUAGAAGAAAAAUCCAAUGAACUAUUCCAAUUGCAAAACUCGGUUGGGGCGUUGAAUCGUGAUAUAACUAAAAUUGUCGAGGAGAACAACCACCUUGGCGUUGCAAACAAGGAGCUUAAACAGAAACUAACUAAACUCGAAAAAGAACAAGAGAAUACCUCGAUUAAACUUCAUGACAGUGAAAGUGAGGUAGAACGUCUGACAUCAUUAAAUAACGAUCUCUCAGCAAAAAUUGAAGAAAUGAAACUAUUGACAGACAGAUUGAGAGAUAAAGAAGUUAAGAUUGAAAUAUUACAGGAUAAUGUAAAUUCAUAUCACAACGAAAUAGCUUGUUUGAAGGAGCAACUGAAGUUGGUUUCGCGUAGUCCCUCGCCGCGGAAUAAAAGUUUGGAGGGAAUAAAAACUCCGGACAGACAGGCGAAUGAUGAUAGAAAGCAACUAGUUAAAAUAAAGAAACAGAUAUCGCUUCUGCAACACGAACUAGAAUUCAAUAAGAAGGAAUUAAAUGACAAGGCAUUCGAAUUAGCAAAAGCGAAAUUAGACAUUACAGAGCUGAAGAAUAGUUUGAGCCAUGCUACGAAGAGGGACGGCGAUAACAAUCAACUCAUAACAAAGGCGCAGGAUAUGCAGAACGAGAUGGAGACACUGAGGAAAGAAAAGGAAAAUCUCACGCGGCAACUGGACUCGUUAAUGGCCAGGUUACGGGAGGAAAGCAACAUUUGUGAACUGAAAGAAAAGCUUCGAAGGAAAGCGGAAAGAUGCCGAGAGUUGGAGGAUGAAUUACGGAAUAUGAGAGAGCUGCUUGACAGAGACAGCGGCGCGGCGGGGGCGCGGGGGGAGCGGGAGGGGCGGGAGGAGCGGCACAGCGCGCGCUCCCCCACGGCCGAGCUGGAGUGUGCGCUGCGCCGCCAGCUGGACGCGUCGCGGGCUCUGGACGACCACAUGGAGCAGAUACUGUCAGGCAGUAGUGAUGACCCCGAAGAUGAAAUUCCUCGCCUCGCACUCAAUACAUCAAAAACAUCAAGCAUAGUGUCGUCCACGUCAGAACGGAUCCACCGCGUCCGAGCGGAGAACGACAAGUUACAGCUACAAGUGGAACACCUGCAGGCGCGGCUACGAGACAAGGACGCACUCAUACAUGAGCUGAACUGCAUUCGAGAGCAGCUGCGGACGGAGAGCGAGGCGGCGCGACUGAGACUCACGGCCGAGAGCGAGACCGGGGCGCGGCUGCAGCUCAUGUUGGACUCGCAGCGGGACGCGGCCGCCGCGCUGCAGAAGCAAGAUUCAAGUACGAUAGAGAUACUGAAGCGGAGGCUGGAGUGUGCGAUGCAGUCCGAGGUGCUGCUGCGGGAGAGAGAGCAGGCCAUGAUGGACCGGCUCCGGCAGCUGGAGGGGGCCACCAGCUGGAGCCCCACUGCCGCUCGGAGCGCGCCGGAGCUGGAAAACGUGGACAGACUUAAGGAAGAAAUCCGCGUACUAAGAUCUAAGUUGGAGCUGGAGUCGGGGCGGUGCCGGGAGCUGCAGAGUGACCUGCACGCGGCUGGAGCACGAGCUGCGCGGGACCUGGACCACAGGAACCAGCUGCUGCUGCAGGCGAAGGGGGAGCUGGCCGAGCUUAGGAGGUUGAAGCACGACGCAGCCGUGGAGCUGGUGCGCGCUAAGGACCUCAUCGCCAUCCAGCAGGCGGCCAUCACGCAGCUGGAGAAGGUGGCCGCGCGCGUACACUCGCCUGCGAACACGGAUCUGAACGAGAGCGGGUGUCGCACGCCUCACACGCCACACCCCGACUACGAUAAGGAGCAGAUUGCUCGUUUCCUUCAAGGGCGGUGCCUGCGGCUGGAGAGCUGGCGCAAGGCCCUGGUGUUCCAGAAGCGGUACCUGGUGAGGGUGGUGGCGGGAUACGAGGCCUUGGAGAGGCGGCUCCAGCUGCCGGGCUCGCACGACAAGUUGAGGGGAAAACGACGCUUCCGGGCGGUGGCAUUCGUGGCCGUGACAGCGGCGCGUAUGGCCUUCGUGGUGCGGCGCCGCAUGGACGUGCGGGCCUACGCCGCGCACGCCGUGCUGCAGGACACGCCGCGCGCGUGAGUACUUCAUUGUUGUA